AUCCCCCCAUCCCCCCUACGACCGCCCAGGAGCUAGAAUUAUCUGAUUCACACACUGCGAUGGGUUCCUCCAAGAAAGUCAUCCUGACCAUCUUAAGCCAGGAGCAGUCAGAAGGCGUUGGCGCUCGUGUUCGGAGGAGCAUCGGCAGGCCUGAGCUAAAGAAUUUGGAUCCGUUUUUACUGUUUGAUGAAUUUAAAGGGGGCAGACCAGCUGGAUUCCCAGAUCAUCCCCACAGAGGCUUUGAAACUGUCUCUUAUCUGCUGGAAGGGGGUUCCAUGGCCCAUGAGGAUUUCUGUGGACACACCGGUAAACUGAAUCCAGGUGAUUUACAGUGGAUGACAGCUGGUCGUGGGAUUCUUCAUGCGGAGAUGCCAUGCUCAGAGGAACCAGUCCAUGGCUUACAACUUUGGGUCAAUUUGAGAAGGUCAGAGAAGAUGGUAGAACCUCAUUACCAAGAAUUGAAAAACAAAGAAAUACCAAAACCUACCAAGAACGGUGUGACUGUAGCUGUCAUUUCUGGAGAAGCCCUUGGCAUAAAGUCCAAAGUGUACACUCGCACACCAACCUUAUAUUUGGACUUCAAAUUGGACCAAGGAGCAAAGCAUGUACAGCCAGUUCCUAAAGGGUGGACAGCCUUCAUUUACACACUGUCCGGUAAGGUGCAUAUUGGCCCUGAUGAUGCCCAACAAAAAGUAGAACCUCAUCACACUGCAGUGUUGGGUGAAGGUGACGGUGUCCAGGUAGAAAAUAAGGACCCUGAAAGAAGCCAUUUCAUUUUAUUAGCGGGGGAGCCAAUUAAGGAGCCGGUUGUGCAGCAUGGUCCUUUUGUAAUGAAUACCGAAGAAGAAAUCUCACAGGCCAUUAUUGACUUCAGAGGUGCGAAGAAUGGAUUUGAAAGAGCCCGAACUUGGAAAUCAAAAAUAGGAAACAAGUGAAGAACAACAAUAAGAGCAUGUGUGGCAAUUUUCUUUCCAGAACAGAUAUUUUUGAAGCACACUUUAGCUUUUCUCAAAUCACAUGUAUAAAUAUUAACACAUAUAAUAUGCUUUAUGGAACAAGGUUUUCUGGUGCCCAGAAAUAUAAGUGCUCAAUAAAUACGAUUGAUUUUGGUUCCAAACGAAA